UCUGUGGGGCCUCGUACCACCACCAGCUGAGCCUGACAGUCCCGCACCAAGACGUAAACAAACCUGUGAGGACUGAUAGUAACCCAACCUGUGGCUCCCCGGGAAUACUCUCUGGACCGGUGGAUAUGCCACAGACUGCAAUAAAUAAAAUAAGUAUCCGAAAUUUUAAUAUCUUAGCAAUUACGUCGAUGAUGAUUGUUGUUACAACUGUAGCUAUCGGCACUCUGGUGGCACCAUCACCGUGGACUCACACAACAGUGAAAGGGACCAAGUGUGUGGCUCAGCACAGCUCCCAGCACGAGUGGUUCUGGCCUUCUGGUGUACACAAAUGCCACAGUGUCCCAGCUGGCGACCCCCUCAUGCAGAACCACCACCACCACAACAUCUCUCUGCGUCACAUCAUCUUUGCUUUCCAGUUCCCUCCAACAAAACAUGGAGCAUCCAGGUGGCAGCAGCGACUGGCAGGACUCUUACGCCUUCGUUUACUACAUGAGAAAGGCCGACAACCAGCCGCUGCCACAAAGCUGAGCCUGAUAACUCGUCUGGGCUAUACCGAUGGCGACGACCCUCAUCCCACACUGAUGGCUGCCAAGAUGCAGGACCGACAAAUAUCCUGCCACUUAAGAAAAGAGCAUAAAUUUGGGGGAUCAACGUAUGAUUGCUCCCCCAUGCCGCUGGUUGUCCUGUACAGCCUUUACCAUGACCACUACAUCAUCAAUAUCAAGGUUCCUGAUAUACCUGUAGAUGGUCCAGCAUCGAAAGAUUUUGAAAUUAACAAGGAAUUUAAUCACAUUGAAGACUUGUAUGUAUCGUUCAUCAGCCAAGACGGACGGUACACAAAGGUGCUCGUGGCACUCCAGACGGUGUUCUUUCCUGCCGUAGUCACACUGCUGGCUUGGUAUAUCCGCCUUCUCUGGCAACUUUGUUGGUCUUUUACCUACUUUCAAAUAAUGUUGCUCUUCCUUGCUGUGGCUCUUCUGCUGAUAAAUUGUCCCUGGACGUAUGUUACACUGCUGACCAACUGCCCAUGGGUCAUUAUCUUACAAGACCUCAGUCUUGGCUUCUUCUAUGGCACCUUUAUGACAUUUCUUCAUUUUCUUACUUAUUUUUAUUUAGAGCCUGUUAAACGCUGCCCAAAGGUCAGGACAGCGAUGGUUCAAGUGAUCGGUGGUUACACAGCAACGAUCUUCCUUAUAGAUGUCAUGGAACACGCUAUUCUUCUUCACAAUCCGCUGCCCUAUGUUUGGGAAUCUCUCCAUCUGGGACUGGCUACCAUCACAGUAUUACUCGUGGUUGCUUACCUCACCUACAUCACCAUCAGGGUCUACUCGGCAGUUAUUGUUGUGAGGAAUGGAAGCAAUAGAGAGGAGAAAAAGGGACUAGAUACAAUUACAAUUGAUAAGGUGUGCGAGUCUAAAGGAGCAGUAGCAGGAGUAAGAUGGAGGGAAGCCUUGAUGUUGGUGGUGUCCUGGCUCUGUGUCCUCCUCACUGCUGUGGAAUUUAUCAUCAAAAGGCUUCAUGAUGGAAUGUGGAUCUGGGAAGAUAUUUUUGGCAAUUUGGAAAUUGAGAACACGAGUGGCCUUCUGCUGGGUAUUUAUAGCAUGUGGAAUGUGUUCACAUUUGUUAUUCUGAUAGUGUACCCCCCAGUGUCCCCACCCAUCACUCCACAAGUUGACUUAGAAUCCACUACUGAGAGACAACCACAGCAACACACCCAACUUCGUUCUAGACCUCCUUUACGACGACAGGACGCAAUUGACAUCGUUAGUGAGGACUCCAUUGAUGAAGAUGCUACAAGCAACAUUGUAGUAAGUGGGAAUGCCACAAAUAGUGAUGCUGUUGUAACUCUUGGUGUCAUAAGUGGUGAUCGUAUCGUAAACACUGAUGGUGGAGUACGUGUGUACUUCAUAAGUGGUGAUCGUGUCCUUAGUCAUGAUGCUUAUGCAAGUGGUAAUGCUGCUGUAAAUGAUAAUGCUGUCAUCACUAAUGAUUCUGCCACCAAUAAUGAUGCUGCUAUAAGCAGUGGUGCUGCUAUAAGCAGUGAUGCUGCUAUAAGCAGUGGUGCUGCUAUAAGCAGUGAUGCUGCUAUAAGCAGUGGUGCUGCUAUAAGCAGUGAUGCUGCUAUAAGCAGUCAUAAUGCCAUAAGCAGUGAUGAUGCUAUAAGCAGUGGUGCUGCAAUAAGCAGUGGUAAUGCCAUAAACAGUGAUGAUGCUAUAAACAGUGGUGCUGCCAUAAACUGUGAUGCUGCCAUAUCCAGUAAUAAUGUAAGUAAUGUUGUUGCUACAAGUGGUGAUGUUGUUGCAAAUAGUGAUGUUGCUGAAAGCAGUGAUGCUUCUGUAUGUGGUAAUGCUUCUGCAGGUGGUAAUGCUGUCACAUUCAGAGAUGCUCUUGUGAAUGGUGAUGAUGCCUUAAGUGAUAUUGCAAUGAUUGAUGAUGAUGUCAUGAGUUACUCUGGCACCACAGAUGAUAAUGCUUCUGUAAAUGAUGAUUCUGUUUGUUUGUAAGUGGUGAUGUUGCUGGAAGCUAUGAUUUUAUUGUGCAGUGUUAAAUAACUAUAAUAUAACCAAAGUUUUUCUCGCCAAAAAUAUUAGGUGAGUAAAAUGACUAUGUACAGUAAAUGAUACAAGAGGGAUAAUGAGUGUUUUAAUGCUUCUAAAUAAAUUAACUAUAUGUGAGAAUUAGAUUAAAUUGUGACAGCAACAGGAUUAACCACAGUUACAUGCCAAACUAGUCAUUGCCAAAGGAACUGUGGGGCUGUGUGAGUUAUGAGUGUAAGCCGACUUUUGCCAAACUACUGUACAGGGGAGUCGAUAAUGUGUGCAUGUUUACAUUUUUUUUUUUUUUGCAGCCAGACUUAAUAACUGAACAUCAGACCAGGCAGUUACAUCAUUUUAGAGGGAAUAACCACAAACAUAUGUGCCAAACUGGUAAAUUAGUUUUUGCUACUACUGUAUUACAUUAUCUGAUGGACAGUUUUCACCAUCUUUUUGAGGUACAGUAUUAACUGUCAAAAUUUUAGAUGACUUAUAUGACAUUAUCAUCAAUGAUAGUAAGAUUGUGUGCUGCUUAUUAAGACCACAAAAGAAAAAUUAAAUAAUAGUAAUAUGAUUAAUUUAGAUUAAGUUCAAGUACUUUAUACAAUUCGCAAGUGUCUUGUACAAUUUAUUUUUCCACUUAGUUUUGGACACCUUUUGUACAGUGGAGUCUUGAAAAUUCACAAAAUACAAAUUUGUGUUCUUAAAUUUGUGGGUACAGGUACUGUACCUAUAUUACUACCUGUUUUUUUUUUUUUUCCAAUUUCAUGUCAAAUGUUCAUAAUUCACUGCCCAGCGCCAUCUGCCGCUGUGUUUGUUACAUAAGAAACCAUAAAAGUUGUGGAAAUAUCAUUUCAUUAUUCUAAUUUGCCUUGGAAAUAAUGAAAAUAAAAUAUAAAACUAUAAAAUAAUUUAUCUCCACAUUAAGCCGCCAACACACCUCUAAUCAGUUGGUGUCAAAUUAUCAAAAUUUCAAAGAAACCACCAAACUGACAGCCUAUAGGACGUAAGUAACAGGAGUUAUGACCUCACAUGACAAGGGUUACCCCCAUUGAUACCAGAUUAUGUGGGAGAGUGAAGGGUUGGAAGUUAGGGUAGAGGAUCACAGGUGCUGGCUCUGAUACAGAUAUACCACAAAAGGGAAUUAAACGUCAGCAAAAUUGUGGACAACUUUCAUGAUUUUUAGUGUUUAUUAAGCUGUUUUGGAACAGUUUAUGGGUACUUCAUGGCCUCUGGAACCAAACUACAGUGAUAUCCCAGCUAGCCUGAAUAAUUGGUGCAGAAUUCUUUCGGUACGAGAGAUUUCCGGGUAAUAAGACGACGUUCUCAAACCUGGACAAAUGCCACAUCCUCUGAAUUUUUCCAGGUGCUGGGAAAUUUUUCAGAGAGUUUAAACUACGUGUCUCGCACAAACAGACACUAUUCCACAUCCCCAUAAUGCUUCCGGGUGCUGGGAAAAGUUUUCCGAUUCUAAACUAUGCAUCUUGUAUAACAGACACAGAGCUGUAAUGUUUACUACUGUAUACACUACAAGUAUCCCCUGAUUUACGAUAUCCCUGUCCAUGAUAUUUCAUUCAAACGAUGGUGAUAUAUUAAGACCACCCCCCCUAUUUACAAUUAAAAAAAAAUUUUCAUACACGAUGGUCAUCAUCUGGCCAACGUGGAAUAUGGAAUAGUACGUCUCUCAGUGCACUUGUCAGCUGUGGUCUACCCGCAUACUACCAUGCGGCCACCCGGUGCACAACAGUCCCUAACUUUGUUCCAUGGUGAUCGCACAAGCCCGUAAUCGUGUUACUCAACUAUUCAGUCGGUAUCGAUGUCGUUACUUAUCAUCAGUGUUUUUUUGGUUUGUUUUGGUUUUUGCUAUGUUUUUUGUGACUCUAGUGCUUUGCCUCUGUUGUUGUGAACAUGAUGUGAGCAGUGUCGGCCGCUAUCAUUGUUUUUAAGUUAUCAUCGUUCGCUCUGUUUUUGUGACAAGUGCUUUCGCUCUAUUUUUGUGACUAUGAAAUGAGCAAUGUAACUUUGAAAAUGUCUGGAAACGCCAAGGCGCCAAGGAAAACCGUGUCUUUAGAGGUGAAUUUUGACUUUGUGAAGCUGUGUGAGGAGUCAGAGUGAUGUCUCCACGACACCUUCAAGAAGCCCUUUAACCCUGAAGGUGACAUGUGAUGAUGACCAGGUUUGUUCUUAAUGAUGUGGUGAGUAUUGUUUAAUUGUUUUAUGUAUAUUAUUAUGAGGGUGUCGGACUGGCUGGGAACGUAUCCAAUUGAACCCUGUGUCCUAAUGAUCCUGAUUUACGAUAUUUCAACCAGUAGUAAUGGGUUUUUCAGGAACAUAACCCCAUCGUAAAUAGGGGGAUGCUUGUAUAUAAAUAAAUAAGAUAUAAUACCCUGUACCAGAUGCUGCCGUCUUGAGUUUAUGACACAGGCUCGCCAAAUGGUGAUAUGAUGAUACAAGAUGGCCUUCCUAUGACCUGUAUCAUAUGCUGUGGCAGCUGGUGCUAACUGUUACUCUCCUCCAUGAAGCAGAGAGGCAAGUGAAGAGUGACACAAAUGACUUCCACCGCCGAUGAAGUGCUGGGUGGUGGUGAUGGACAGUGUGAUGGUGAGGCAUGUGGUGGUGGUGAUGGAAAGUUCUGGGGAUUAAAGAUUCCAGCUAAUGGAGAGAUUACUAUUAUUUCCAUUUUAAUCAGUGAAAUUAUAAUAUGCAAUUUGAUAAUUCAUGAUGUCUUCUGGUACCUAACCCGUGAAUUAUAAAGACUCCACUGUAUCACUUAGAGCAGAACGCUGUGUGUAUGAAAACUCUCUCUUACACACACUUGAAACUGAACAUCUUUUAAUCUGCAAGUGUCAAAGAUUGUACAGCAGCACUAGAAGUAUUUGAUGUUGAAUUUUGCUUAUUGGCUUCACUCCCUUGUGGGCAGCUGUUGACACUUAAUUUCAGUCUGAAAUAAUAAUUAAAAAAAAAAGGGAGAUCUAAAGCGCAAAGAUGGACACUAAUAAAACAAUUUAUAUUUUGAAAAGAACUAACGAAUUCUGUAUAAUGAGUACCUGGUACAGUACUGUAUUUCAUCAUCAGAUGGAAGACUGUUUUUUUUUUUUUUUGGUUUAGAAGAUCUCUGAUGAUCAUAAAUUAUUGAACAUAACUUAAAUACCGGUAAUGCUUUAUAAAGAAACUGUCAGCAGUGUGUUAGAAUUAAUAUUCUAUUUUAUACAGCAAGGCAAAGAGAAUUUUUGGAAAUUAUAAUAUACGUAUAUAGUAUAUAUAUAAUAAUUAUAAUAAUAAUAAUAAUAAUCUCGAGGCAAUGUGGAUUUUGCUUUAAAGGAGAGGGAAACAAAUUAAACUUAAGUUUUAAAUAAACAUUUUCAAAUGAAUGAACUUGUGUUUUAUUGGUUAGAGCCUCAUCAAACUGUACCUAACUCAAAGCUAUGUUUGUUGUUUGUUAAGUUAGAAAGGAUUGAUUUGGUUCUAACAAAACUUUACUUAAUCAAGCCCGGUUUGUUUGGAAAUAUUUAUUAGCCUAUUAAAUAUACUGUAGUAGACCCUCAAUAGAGAAACAAAUUGAUAGAGCACCAACUUCCAAUAUAGACCAAAAUACUGAUUGAGAAUAAGUGAUCCCAAUAGAGAACAUCGAUCUCUGAAAUAUAAUUUUGCUUGAUGUUUCCAUGCUGUCCAUAUUCCACACAGUACUUUAAGGCCACAUUUGAGCACCAACUUUCAUGACACAGUGGCUUACAUAUGAUUACUUUCCUCAAAAAUAAAUACUGUAUACUGUACCUGUUUAGUAAUUCAGUUGAUAAAGUAUACUGUACUGUACAUUUCUUACCAACAUUAUGAUUAUCAUGUUGCUUAAUUGUGUAAGCACCAUGCAGUGAUGACCAAGGCUUUACUAUGUAGACAAGUCAAACUGAUGAUGGAGCAAUAUAAGGACAAGAAAUGUAUUAACUGUGUGAAAUGCAGAAUAAGAGCAGGAAACUUGUGAGCUACAUUUUUGUUUAGGCAGCUACCAGGUUGGCAGAGAAUGACAUGGGCAAAGAUUUAGUUUAUUCAUCAAAUCUAUGGCAUAUUAUUUCUACAUUAUUGUGUCUCGCUAUUCCAUGCAAUUGCUUCUAGCUGUGUGCCAAUGGUACCUUAUUGCUAAAUGCUGAUUUUUUCCCCCUAUGCAUACAAGCCUUUUUCUGCCAUGGUGCAGGGUGUCCCAUACAGCUGAAUUUUUUCUGAAUCUUAUUAUUCAAUAGCUAGUGGGUUAGCCAGUACCUUGACAAGCUGUUUUUCCAUUAUUGGUAAGUGCACCCAAUACUGCACAAGUACACUUAUUUUUCUGAGCACAAGGGUUAGUAUACAAGAAGGGAACCCAAUCCUCCACUCUGAUGAGGAAUCUAAACCACAACCUUUCACUUGUAAAGAAAAAUGCACUACCAAUAAUCUACAGACCCACUACAGUAUACGAGUGAGAUGUAGUGAAAUAUGUUGGUGAAGUUUGUUACAGUAUAUUUAAUGUUACAGUACAAUACAAUGUACAGUAAUUUUAAUUUAGUGUAAAUGAAUAAAGUUCAAUACAGUACAGUACUGUGUGCUGAGUGAAUACCACACAAAUGGUAUCUGUUGCCAUGUCCUAUCAUUCGCUAGUUUGUUCUCUAGUGUACAUAUUCAUACUGUAUUGUAAUUAAAUUUUGUAUAACAAUAUUAAUCA